UUGGACCCCGUACGUGUGUGUUUAUGAAUAAUUCAAGAUGGCGCUGUCCAUGAAGUGUAACGUGAAAUCUGUCUUUCGUUUUAUUCACAAGAGUAAUUCCUAUCGAAGAUUAUUUAAAGCUGGGAAAGCGACGGGAACGACGAGCCUCCCUAAAGGGCAGGUUUUCUCAGGAAUCCAGCCCACAGGUGUUCCUCACUUGGGGAACUAUCUGGGAGCUCUAGAGAGCUGGGUGGCCCUGCAGGAUGAGUACAGUACAGUCAUGUACAGCAUCGUAGACCUUCAUUCCAUCACCCAGCCUCAGGACCCUCAGAUGCUGCGAGACAACAUCCUGGACAUGGCCGCCAGUCUGUUGGCCUGUGGCAUUAACCCAACUCGCUCCAUCCUCUUUCAGCAGUCUCAAGUCUCUGAACAUGCUGAGCUCUCAUGGAUCCUAGGUUGCCUUACCAGCAUGCCACGUUUACGGCACCUGCCUCAAUGGAAGAUGAAGAGCAAGCAGAAGAAUGAAGGCAGUGUGGGGCUUUAUACGUACCCAGUGUUACAAGCAGCGGACAUUCUGCUCUACAAAUCUACACAUGUGCCAGUAGGGGAGGACCAGAUCCAGCACUUGGAGCUCGCCCAGGACUUGGCCCGCAUCUUUAACAACCAGUAUGGAGAGUUCUUCCCCGAGCCUCGUGCCCUGCUCAGUGUCACUCGAAAGGUGAAAUCUCUGAGGGAUCCUUCUUCUAAGAUGUCCAAGUCAGACCCCCAGAAGUUAUCUACAGUCUUCCUGACCGAUACCCCUGAUGACAUUGUCUUUAAGAUUCGCAGAGCUGUGACUGACUUCACUUCUGAAGUGACCUAUGAGCCUGAGAGUCGGCCAGGUGUCUCAAACCUAGUCUCCAUGCAUGCGGCUGUGUCUGGACAGAGCGUGGAGGAGGUGGUCAGGCUGGCUGAGGGUAUGGACACUGGACAGUACAAGAAUGUGGUGGCUGAGGCUAUUGUACAGAAGCUGCAACCCAUCCGGCUGGAGAUCCAAAGACUGAGGGCCGACAGAGGCCAUCUUGAGAGUCUGUUAGCCAAAGGAGCAGAGAAGGCUCGCAGCCUCGCAGCUCCUGUGAUGACGGAAGUCAGGAAACUGGUGGGCUUUUAUUAAGGCAAUUCAUAAACUGUGAAAUGCAACAAACUCUUCUUUGUCUGUCUAAGAUUCUUUUAGUUUACUUGUGAAAAAAAAAUUGGUAAGUAAAUUACACUGUCAUCAUAAAUUGCCCAUGUCUGUCCAAAUGCUCAGUUUUGUUUGAUUACAUCUUGUAUUUUUGUCCAUUUUGUAUUUAUUUAAAAGAAAAAUAAAUAAUCUUCUUUUUUA